AUGGGGGCAAAAUAUGGAGAGCUAUCAGAAAUGACUCGUGUUGAGUACGAAAAUUUGGUUACAACGAAUACCAGGAUAGAAGAGUCCGCCAAAUUUUCCGCUGUUAUAACUUCCGGUUCGUCGUCAAGCCUUACAGAGACAGAACGGAGAGAGGGUGAAGCGUUUAAAAAGGCCACUAAAAGUCAGAAAAUCUUCUCUUUUGGCGCCAAGCCACCAACAGAUGGAAGUGCUGUCACCUGGGCUAACAGCGUGUUCGAAAAUCCAAUGCCUCUUGCUUAUACCCUAAAAACAAUCGACGAAGUUUUGACGGACAAGCACAUUGACGAAAAUGCAGACCUCAGGUAA